GGAGCCGAGGGGAGUGAAAUGUAACAAAACAAGCGGCGUCUUUGUAUUUGCUUAAAGGAGCCGCGCUCGCGGGGAAGCCCAACUCCGGGGGAAAGGGCUUCGGGAACAGCGGCCGGAGGAGGAGCAGAGGGUGUGCGCCCAGGUGGGACGGAGGAGCCGGGAUCGGGCGCCGCGAGGGGACCAGCUUCGGCGAAAAGAGGAGGAUUACUUCGAAGAAGAAAAGGAACAAGCUCUCCCGGAGGAGGGAAGGGGGAGCCUUUAAAAGCGCGCCGGGCAGGGCAGGACGGGACGUCCAAGCGGCUGUCUGCUAGUGAGCAAAGCGGGGCUCCGGGAGGAGAGAUGCGAGCAGGGCUGGCGGCGCGACAGGAGACAGCGGGCUGGAACCGGGCGAAGUUUGCUCUAUGAUGGCUUGAGUGGGGCGGCUGGAAAGUUGUCGGGAGCGCCUGCCCGAGGCUCGUUCUAUGCCCCCAGCGGCUGACUCCUUCGCCGGGCAGCCACCUGCGUGUCUCUUCCGUCCCCAGCCCGGCCUUUCCCCCCUUUCCCCUUUUUUUCUUUUUAAACUGCGGCCACCAUGUCGAAAGUGAUCCAGAAGAAAAACCACUGGACGACCAAGGUGCACCAGUGCACGGUGAGCCGCGGAGCUCAUGGCCAGCUAGGGGUCCCCAUCCUUGGGGGAGCGGAGCAUGGCGAGUUUCCUUACGUCGGGCCGGUGGCGGACACCGAAGGGGAGACGGCGCUUCCCGCCAGCGGCGACAGCGAAGGGAAACUGAGCGAAGGGGAGCUUCUGCUGGAAGUGCAAGGCAUCCGGGUGUCGGGCUUGCCCCGCUACGACGUGCUGGGAGUUAUCCGGAGCUGCAAGGACCCCGUCACUGUUAAAGCGGUCAGACAAGGAAGUCGUCUGAACAAAGAUCUGAGACAUUAUCUCAACCAGAGGUUUCAGAAGGGAUCUCCUGACCACGAACUGCAGCAGACUAUUAGAGAUAACCUUUAUCGCCAUGCAGUGCCUUGCACAACCCGUCCUCCACGAGAAGGAGAAGUGCCUGGUGUGGAUUAUAACUUUCUAACUGUGCAGGAGUUCCUUGAGCUUGAGAAGAGUGGGACUCUUCUUGAAGUAGGAACUUACGAAGGUAACUAUUAUGGAACACCCAAGCCUCCCAGCCAACCCCUCAGUGGGAAAGUGAAUAACACUGAUGGUUUGCAAAACCUCCAAUCCAGCUCCAAGCAAUCGACCCCCAAACGCACCAAGUCUUACAAUGAUAUGCAAAAUGCUGGCAUAGUGCAUACGGAGAAUGACGAGGAAGAUGACGUCCCUGAAAUGAACAACAGCUUUACAGCAGACUCUGGUGAACAAGACGAGCACAAUACACACAGAACAAGAGAGAUAGCUCCCCCACCUGUGAAUAGCGGCAUCACCACUGUUCCCACCACGGAACCUUCUCAGAAGCUCCCUCAAUACCUACCUCCUUGUGCAGAGGAAAACUUGGGUCCUCUGCCUGAAAACUGGGAGAUGGCCUAUACAGAGAAUGGAGAAGUCUACUUUAUAGACCAUAACACUAAAACUACUUCUUGGCUAGACCCACGGUGCCUGAAUAAACAGCAAAAGCCUCUAGAAGAAUGUGAAGAUGAUGAAGGGGUACACACGGAGGAACUGGACAGUGAACUAGAACUACCUGCUGGUUGGGAAAAGAUUGAAGAUCCUGUAUAUGGUGUCUACUAUGUAGAUCACAUCAACAGGAAGACACAAUAUGAGAAUCCAGUUCUGGAAGCCAAGCGGAAGAAACAGCUUGAGCAGCAGCAGCAGCCGCCAGCACCACCAGAAGAAUGGACAGAAGAGCAUCCCCCUCUAGCUCCUCCUGCUGUUCCAAACCAUGUUCCUAACAACCAGGAGACAGUUCGAGAUGUUCCAGUACAAGCAGGAAAACCAUUUUUCACACGAAACCCUUCUGAGUUGAAAGGAAAAUUCAUUCACACCAAACUGAGGAAAAGCAGCAGGGGAUUUGGUUUCACCGUUGUCGGAGGGGACGAGCCAGAUGAGUUUCUUCAAAUAAAGAGUUUGGUUCUUGAUGGCCCUGCAGCUCUCGAUGGCAAAAUGGAAACAGGAGACGUUAUUGUCAGUGUGAAUGACACAUGUGUGCUGGGCCAUACGCAUGCUCAAGUUGUGAAAAUCUUCCAGUCAAUUCCCAUUGGUGCCAGUGUGGACCUAGAACUGUGCCGAGGCUAUCCUCUGCCUUUUGACCCAGACGAUCCCAACACAAGUCUGGUGACAUCUGUGGCCAUUUUGGAUAAAGAACCGAUCAUUGUGAAUGGGCAGGAAAAUUACGACUCUCCAGCAAGCCACGGUAGUAAAACAGGGAAAGUAAAUGGGAUGAAGGAGCCAAGGCCUAGCAGUCCUGCUGAGAUUUCUUCGAACGGAUCACAUGGCUACCCUAAUGACACCGUCUCUUUGGCUUCUUCUAUAGCAACGCAACCUGAACUCAUAACUGUACAUAUAAUUAAAGGGCCCAUGGGCUUUGGUUUUACUAUAGCAGACAGUCCCGGGGGCGGGGGACAGAGAGUGAAGCAAAUUGUUGACAGCCCAAGAUGCCGAGGCCUAAAAGAAGGAGACCUUAUAGUUGAAGUCAAUAAGAAGAAUGUGCAGAAUCUUACUCACAACCAAGUUGUGGAUAUGCUGAUUGAAUGUCCUAAAGGAAGUGAGGUGACACUGCUUGUGCAGCGAGGAGGACUGCCAGCCCCAAAGAAGAGUCCAAAGUCGCAACCACUUGAAAGGAAAGAUAGCCAAAACAGCUCUCAGCACAGUGUCUCCAGCCAUCAUAGCACACACACUGCUUCACCCGUCCACAGCACUCAGGUGCUUCCUGACUACCCUGCCACUGAAGCGCCAGCUGCGGACCAACCAGACAACACUGGACAGAAGAAGCCAGAUCCUUUCAAAAUCUGGGCCCAGUCCAGGAGCAUGUAUGAAAGCCGACUUCCAGAUUAUCAAGAGCAAGAUAUCUUUCUAUGGAGAAAGGAAACUGGGUUUGGAUUCAGGAUUCUUGGUGGCAAUGAGCCUGGGGAACCUAUUUACAUUGGUCACAUUGUGCCAUUGGGUGCUGCAGAUGCUGACGGUCGCCUGCGAUCAGGGGAUGAAUUGAUCUGCGUGGAUGGGACACCAGUGGUUGGGAAAUCACACCAGCUUGUAGUACAGCUUAUGCAACAGGCAGCCAAGCAAGGCCAUGUCAAUUUAACUGUCAGGCGCAAAGUGGUGUAUACAGUUCCAAAAGCAGAGAAUGAGGUGCCGUCUCCAGCCUCCUCCCAUCACAGCAGCAACCAGCCCGCUUCUCUGACAGAGGAGAAACGCACCCCGCAGGGAAGCCAGAACUCCCUCAAUACUGUCAGUUCAGGCAGUGGCAGCACCAGCGGAAUUGGAAGUGGAGGAGGUGGUGGGAGUGGAGUGGUCAGCACAGUGGUGCAGCCGUAUGACGUGGAAAUUCGCCGGGGAGAGAAUGAAGGCUUUGGCUUUGUCAUUGUGUCUUCGGUUAGCCGGCCAGAAGCUGGAACAACUUUUGCAGGCAAUGCAUGUGUGGCCAUGCCUCACAAAAUAGGUCGGAUUAUUGAGGGGAGCCCAGCAGACCGUUGCGGGAAGCUGAAAGUGGGGGACCGGAUAUUGGCUGUUAAUGGAUGCUCCAUCACCAACAAAUCACAUUCGGACAUCGUCAACCUAAUUAAAGAAGCCGGGAAUACAGUUACUCUGCGCAUUAUUCCAGGGGAUGAAUCCUCCAAUGCUACUUUAUUAACCAAUGCAGAAAAAAUUGCUACAAUUACAACCACGCAUACUCCUCAGCAAAUGCCACAGGAGACCAGGAACAACACAAAACCAAAGCAGGAGUCCCAGUUUGAUUUCAAGCCGCCCCCAGCUUCACAGCCAGAACAGGAUUUUUACACAGUUGAACUUGAAAGAGGAGCCAAAGGUUUUGGCUUUAGUCUGCGAGGCGGCCGAGAAUAUAAUAUGGAUCUCUAUGUGUUGCGGUUAGCGGAGGAUGGUCCUGCUGAGAGAUGUGGAAAAAUGAGGAUUGGUGAUGAAAUCUUGGAGAUCAAUGGUGAAACUACAAAGAACAUGAAGCAUGCUCGGGCCAUAGAACUGAUCAAAAAUGGUGGCCGAAAAGUUCGCCUGUUUCUCAAACGUGGAGAUGGUUCUGUACCAGAAUAUGACCCCUGCAGUGACAGGAACAGUCCAGCCACAGGUUCACAAAAUGUAUCGGAAGUGAAAAACAUGCCAUCUGACAGACGACAACACUCAUCAUUGGAUCCCAGUUAUCCACCAGAUCUUCACAAAUCAUCACAACAUGGAGACAAGCGGAUAUAUUUUAAGGACCCAAAAGGCAGCAAAGAGUUUGGCAGACAAUCCAAUGAGCACCAUACGUGGAAUGGAACUUCUAAAAACAGCAAUAGCAUAGCAGGCAAGAAAAAAGACAGGUCACCAGAAGGGAGGCGAGACCGGCAGUCAGACAGAGUGGUGGUGAUCAAUGGACAGAAACGAAAAUCUCCUGAAAAGAGGAGGGAAGGGACAAAGAGUGCUGAUAAUACUUUGGAGAGAAGGGAACGGCAUGAGAAGAAGAGAGACUUUUCUCCAGAGAGACGAAGAGAAAGGUCUCCCACCCGCAGGAGGGAUGGCUCACCUACCAGAAGGAGGCGGUCACUCGAGAGGCUAAUGGAUCAAAGAAGAUCACCAGACAGGAAGAGAGAGAGUUCACCCUCUGAAAGGAGGGCAAAGUCCACUGACAGGAGGAGAGAGAGGACCCCAGAACGGAGGAGAGAGAGGUCUCCUGACAAAAGGAGUAGAGAUGACAGAGUUGGCUUCAGGGAGAAGGAAGAACGCACUCUAAAAUAUGACACCAGUAAAAAUAACAGGCAAUCCUUUGAGCAAAGACGGAGACCCUACAAAGAGUGCAGUACUGACCUCAGUAUCUAAUGGGCUUUGUAGGCCUAAGAUACUAUUGCGGCCUUUCCAGCAUUCAGAGUUCACAAGAAGGAGGGUAGCAAAUCUGAAAUCCAUUUUAGUUCUUCAUGUCAAAUGCCUCUAAGAGCAAAAAAUUUAAUAAAAUCUGAUCAUGAUAAUAUGUAUGAAGGGUUGUGCCUAGUGUAUAACAACAUUAAAGUAUUUUCCAAUGUAUUCCUUGUUUAAAAAAGAUACUUGCCAAAUGUUCAUCCUGAAGGAUUGUAAAAAUUGUGUUCUUCCAUAAUCAGUAACCAUGAUUAGCAUACUUUUUAAUUGGUUAUUUUUGUUGCUUUGUUGUCCUUUCCUUAGUUAUUUGAGAGCAAACCAUGAGUGGCAAAAGAUUUUUUGACCAAUCGCACUGAUUUGUUGGAAUUGUAAUUCAUUGCUAUGAUGUACGUAGGAUUGUCUCUAUGAUCAGUUAGAGGAAGGGGUGAGGUGUAUCAGUUAAAAACUGAGAACUACUGUGUCUUUUUUUUUCUUUACAAAUUAGGAAUGUCUUGCCAAUAUUAACUCUUUGAAGAGACUUCUGUUGGGAUGAAGGAUAUUUAUACAAAUCCACACAGCACAAGAUAUUAAGGAAUUUAUAGUUUGUUCCAUGAACAGUGAGUACUUUUGGGUUUCCUUUAAAAGGAAGCAAAGUGGCCAAGGACUGGUCUCUAUUGUGUUUUGUGUCAUGCAAGAGAUAGAUCCUCUGGUUUAUUUAUCUCUGCAGCACCAAACAAUAUGUCACAAAGGCAGCACCAGUGUGGCUCUUAUUCUGCUUUUAGUACUAUGUGAAUGAAAUUGGAACCCAAAUGCUAUCAGUUGUCUACUCUGACAGGAAGUGUAUGUUAAUUUUGGUUCCUUGAUCAAUAUGCAUUUUAGAAAAAUUCUCCUUUCAAAGAGUGGGGUCACUGGUGGUCAGACUAACUUUACUUUUGUUUUUGCCAAACUGGAUCUGCCUCUCUGUGCUUCUGUUUGGGGUGGUGGUCAUUUUUCAUUAUGUGAGAUGAAAGAAAAAGAAGCAACAUCCAGAAAACUUGAGUUUAAGGCUGUUGACACCUGAUAUGCUGUACUUUUAACUGUAAAGAAUGGAAAACACCAAUAUAAGUUUCUAAAGUAUAUUUUUUUCCAAUGGCAAGUUUGUGUGGUAAGUCUGCUGUAGUAUGGAUAUGAGAUUUUAAUGGAUUACUGCCUAGCUGAGCCAAAACGUUUACUGUUACUGUUGGCCCACUAAAAGUCUAAAAUUGCUGCUUUUUUUUUACAGUGCAUUGGUAUGUACAUGUAUACUGUUUCACCAUAUUUUCCAUACACACACACAAACACCCACACAAAAAUAAGGAUUACAAGUCUAUCACUGUUGUUGCCAUGGUACUGUAAAGGAGAAAGAAAAAAAAAAGAUGGCCGAUCAUUGUGUAUACAGAGUUUAAAUUGUAAUUAAUAGAGCCUGUUGAAGAAAAUGACAAACUGUUGCCUUUUUUCCUUGUAUAAAAGAGAAUUUAUGACAAAAAUUUAGCUGUGAGGAAUGUGCUAAGUGUUUAUAUUUCUGAAAAAAUGGAACAAAUUGAUUCAUGGGGAAUAUAUUUUAAUGUAAACUAAAUCAGGUAUGUAAAGCUGUUUUAAACAGGAGACUCUCAAAGUCAUUCUGAUGUUUUUGUUGGUCUGAAUAGCCUACCUUUCCUCAAGGCGGGGGCCAGCCUGUAUGACUCCUAGGCCCUUGUGUGCAGUCUGUGUUCUUUAGUUAUCAUUUCUUGCCGUAUGCUAUAGUCAUAAUGCUCUUUUCUGUGUUGAUGAAAAGCAGUAAUGUGGGCCAAUCUCUUUUUAUAAAAACACUAUGCAUAUAUAAAUACUACAUUGUUCAUAGCUUUAUUUGACUUAAUCGGGUUUAUAUAUAACAUUAGUUAUAAUUAGAUGUGGACUUUACCCAGUAAAAGAUUCUUUCCUUGGGACAAACAAUGUAUAUGAUGUAGCUACUCAGAAGGAAAGAGUCUGUGAAUGCUAUUUUUAUUAUCAAAUAAAGAUUUCCAUA